CAGCCACUCGCGUCCUCCCUGCGCCGCCACCACCAGCGGAGUCUGCAGCCGCAACGAGGAUCCCCCAGCCGUCAUGUCCAUAGAGAGGAUCUGGGCCCGGGAGAUCCUGGAUUCCCGUGGGAAUCCCACGGUAGAGGUAGAUCUCCACACUGCCAAAGGUCUCUUCCGGGCUGCGGUCCCCAGCGGAGCGUCCACUGGCAUCUAUGAAGCUCUGGAACUGAGGGAUGGGGACAAACAGCGUUACUUAGGCAAAGGUGUCCUGAAGGCAGUGGACCACAUCAACACCACCAUCGCACCUGCCCUCCUGAGCUCAGGUCUGUCUGUGGUGGAGCAAGAGAAACUGGACAACCUCAUGCUGGAGUUGGAUGGGACUGAGAACAAAUCCAAAUUUGGGGCCAAUGCCAUCCUGGGUGUGUCCCUGGCCGUGUGUAAGGCAGGGGCGGCAGAGCGGGAAUUACCUCUCUAUCGCCACAUUGCUCAGCUGGCCGGGAACUCAGACCUCAUCCUGCCUGUGCCGGCCUUCAACGUGAUCAAUGGUGGCUCCCAUGCUGGAAACAAGCUGGCCAUGCAGGAGUUCAUGAUCCUCCCCGUGGGGGCUGAGAGCUUCCGGGACGCCAUGCGGCUGGGGGCAGAGGUCUACCACACCCUUAAGGGGGUCAUCAAGGACAAGUAUGGCAAGGAUGCCACCAACGUGGGCGAUGAAGGCGGCUUUGCUCCCAACAUCCUGGAGAACAGUGAGGCCUUGGAGCUGGUGAAGGAAGCCAUCGAUAAAGCUGGCUACACGGAGAAGAUUGUCAUCGGCAUGGAUGUUGCUGCCUCAGAGUUUUACAGAGAUGGAAAAUACGACUUGGACUUCAAGUCCCCAGCGGAUCCUUCCCGAUACAUCACUGGGGACCAGCUGGGGGCGCUCUACCAAGACUUUGUCAGAGACUAUCCUGUGGUUUCCAUCGAGGACCCGUUUGACCAGGAUGAUUGGGCCGCCUGGUCCAAGUUCACAGCCAAUGUAGGGAUCCAGAUCGUGGGUGAUGACCUGACAGUGACCAACCCAAAGCGCAUUGAGCGGGCAGUGGAGGAAAAGGCGUGUAACUGCCUGCUGCUCAAGGUCAACCAGAUCGGCUCCGUCACGGAAGCCAUUCAGGCGUGCAAGCUGGCACAGGAGAACGGCUGGGGGGUCAUGGUGAGUCACCGCUCAGGGGAGACCGAGGAUACCUUCAUUGCUGACCUGGUGGUGGGGCUCUGCACUGGCCAGAUCAAGACUGGUGCCCCGUGCCGUUCGGAGCGUCUGGCUAAGUACAACCAGCUCAUGAGAAUUGAAGAAGAGCUGGGAGAUGAAGCCCGCUUCGCUGGACAUAAUUUCCGCAACCCCAGUGUGCUGUGAACCCUCUACUUGCCUGGACACUUGGACCCUCUGUCCCGUCCUCUUGGAACCUCCUCCUCACUGUCCUGUCCUGUGGUAGUUCACCCCCAUCCGCAUCCCGAGCCCAGGGCACCCAGAACCCCCUGACUGACCUGCUCUGGCUGCUCCUUGGCGAACCUGAGCCCUGCUUCUCUGCUGUGCUCCUCUCCGAGCCCUCCCUCUGGGGUUCCACAGCCCUUCCUAUUCUCUCUUAAAGACUUGGGAUGAGAACGAGGGUUUGUAAGGGGGUCCGUGGAAGGACAUCUGUCUGUGACGGGAGCUUCGGUGCGGUGUGUUGAAGUGUUUGAGUGGGGCCAUGUGUCACUGUACUUCCCCUGUCCUGUGUGUCUUCCAUCUUGCAUGUGAGCUGUGACCUGUGUGGAGUGUGCCACAUGUGUGUUCAUGACUCCCUAGGGCUUUAGUGCAUUUAUUUAUUUAUUUAUCCGUUUAUUUAUUUUUCAUUCAGCCUGUUAAUUAUUCAUCUCCCUAUAACCCUAGGGCCUAAAGGUAGCCUGAUUGAGGGGACCGCCUCUGUGCGUCAUGUGGCUGUGAAUCAAAUGACAAACUUGGGUGAGAGGGUUUGCUCACAUGGGAAGGGUGACCAAGAGCGGCCUUCACAGCCAUUGUGUCAUAUUAACCGAAGCCUGGGUUGGUGCACAGUGGGGUGUGUGCUUGGGGGGGCUCCUCCUCUAUUUUCUCUCCCCAGCCCUAGAUUCUGUGUUCCUCCUGCGGCUGCACCAGAGCCCCCGCUCACUCUCCCGUGCCAUGUUCCACAGUUGCCACCACUGUGGCAUUGAAAUGAGCUCCACUAUUAAAGUCUGAAUCACACUGCA